CAGUGCAGCAACAAAGUUAUUCCUAAGUCAAAAUUUCGUAAAUUCCUUAAACCAUUUUGGAAGACAGGCAAUCUGGGUCCUUUGCACAAAGCCAUGAAACAGGCAAGAACCAUUUGGAUUCGUGAUGGUAGUCCUCGUGGCCUUGCCUUUGAUUCAUUUCGCAAUUACAAAUUACAAAAACGUGCCUUCACUCGACAACUAAAAAGAUUAAAAUUUGAAUACGAUCAGAAACAACUCAAAGAUUUACAAGAUGCAGCCGAAGUUGACAGCGCUUUGUUUUAUAGAUUAGUAAAAAAUCACAAUGGUCAUUCUAAAUGCAAUCUUAAUAUUGGCCAUGAGUUACUAGUUGAUGGUAUUAUGAUUCGCGAUCCAGAUUUAAUCCGUGGCGCUUGGGUAGACCACUAUGAACGUUUGGGUAAAGAAUCUAAUCAUCAUCACUUUGAUAAUAAUUUUCAUGAUUACAUAGAAAACCAAUUCCCAUUAAUGUUAGAAAAGUCUCAUAGCAUGCAUGAUGGAAUUUUUGAGGAUCCAAUCACGUUUGACGAAUUAUCGCAUAGCUUGAGCACUUUCAACAACGGCAAAGCUCCAGGGCACGAUUUAGUUACUAUUGAGCACUUCAAAUUUUGUGAUACAAUUGUUCUUCAUUAUUUAUGUAGGAUCUUUAACGCGAUGAUUAGAAUUGCCAAAAUUCCACCGGCCUUUAAGUUGGG